GAUCUAAACCUCCUCCUCCUCGUCCACCCCCCUUCCAACAUCCGCGCGUUUACUAUCGAGCUCACACACAUACACAUACACACACAUACACACGUCCAGAGAGAGAGAGAGUGUGUGUGUGAGAGAGAGAGAGAGAGAGAGAGAGCGCAGCGCGUUAAGGUCGUUUAAAGUGGAUUUGUGCCAUCAGGAGCGCUUCUUCUCCAGCCAUGGAAGAACUCACAGCGUUCGUGUCGAAAUCCUUCGACCAGAAGAGCAAGGAGAGCAGCAAAGAGAGCAUCACGUACAGGGAAGUUUUGGAGAGCGGCUUGGCGCGGGCCAGGGAGCUGGGAAACUCGGAGAGCAGCCUGCAGGACAUUACCGACAGCAACACGCACUGUCCCGUGCAUCUAUUCAAGGAGCACGUGGAGCUGGACAAGGACAAGCUGAAGGAGUUUAACGUGGCCAGAGCGAGCGACGGGAUUUAUGAGUGCAAAGAAAAGAAGGAAGAGGUGAAAUCGGAGGACGAGGACGCCCAGGGUAAACUGAAACAGAGACGGAGCAGGACAAAUUUUACCUUAGAGCAGCUGAAUGAACUGGAGCGCUUGUUUGAUGAGACGCAUUACCCAGACGCCUUCAUGCGAGAAGAGCUGAGCCAAAGACUGGGACUGUCCGAGGCCAGGGUUCAGGUAUGGUUUCAGAACAGAAGAGCAAAAUGCCGAAAACAAGAAAAUCAGAUGCACAAAGGUGUGAUUUUGGGCUCCGCCAGUCACUUGGACGCAUGCAGAGUCGCUCCCUACGUUAACAUGGGCGCCCUGAGAAUGCCAUUUCAACAGGUCCAAGCGCAGCUCCAGUUGGAGGGGGUGACCCACUCACAUCCUCACCUGCACCCCCACCUGGCAGCACACGCUCCCUACCUGAUGUUCCCUCCUCCACCAUUCGGACUACCAAUCGCCUCGCUGGCAGACUCAGCCUCGGCAGCGGCCGCUGUAGCAGCGGCUGCCAAGAGCAACAGCAAGAACUCCAGCAUCGCUGACCUGCGACUCAAGGCAGGACUGCUUGGAGGCCACUGGCUCAGCCCUUUCCAGGCCCAGAUCACAGCCCCAGGACCGUACAAAAAUAUCUGGAUGUCUGUCUGAAACCCAGCGAUUAAGAGUGGCGACUCUUAGAAAAUGAGCAAAGCAAAAGGCAGACUCAGAGUGACUGAGGGAAGAUAGAGCUUGGUCAGUACUCUCAGAAUGAGAGUAUCAAUACUCAAAAGUUUGGAUUGUCAGCCACACAGAGAAAAAAAAAAAGCAACGGCCAUAUUUGUCUCCACCCACUGUGUUUGUGCUGCUGCCAAGAGCAUGUGUUAAAAUGAAGGAUAGUUCUAACGGGGAGGGCCUCCAUUGUAACUGACAUUCACCCUGCUAUGACAAGCUUCCAUCAUAGUACCACGCACCUAGUUUAUAUAUAGUUUUUUAUUUUUUAAAAUCCACAAUGGACAGAGAUCGGAAGCAGCACUCACACCAAGAGUACAAUCACGAAAAUUGAAUUUCUCUUGCUUAUUCUUACAGUUUUUGGAGGAAACACUAUACAUAGUGAAAUAUAUAUCCUGUAUAUUUCCUCUGGGCAUGGGUCUGAAGGACUUUAGCUUUCAUAGCUUUCAUUUUCCAUCCUUUUGGCUCUCUCUUUUCUUUUGUUACGUGUAUUGGGAAUAGAAGUGAAACUAGCUUUUGCACUUCAGGUCUUGUAUCAAGGUGUUUACAAUCCUUAGUUCAAGAAAAUACUACUUCUAUAUGAGGGUGAAAUUGGGGUUUCGUCAAAAUAUAUUGAACUGACAAAAUAAUAAAAGGGUCACUGCAAUUUUCUAAUUUAAGGUAUUAAGGAAACAUCAGUUUAACUGAAAUGCAAUUAUGUGCAGUUAAGUGCAAUACUGUAAAUAUGAAAAAAAAAAACAAAUAGCAGUUGAUGUUUGCUAAUCAACAAACAACAAUUUUUUUGGCACUGAUAUUGAUGUACUCCUAGUUGUUUUUCACAGAUACAUUUUUUCCAGGCCGUGUAAAUGAUAAGUUGCUAAGUCAUUUGCACUUGUGUGCCAUAACUCCCCACGUGUGAUGGUACUCAAACAUAGUUUCGCAUAUGUACAUUUUAAUUUCGACACUACACUGAGGUAGACCAGGCAAAAAAAAAAACCCACAAAGAUUCUCUACAAUUAUACAGCAAUUACUUUAGCAUUGUAGGCUUUUCUGGAUAAAAUUACCCACCAAAGACUAUCCUUAUAAUAAUAGUACUUAGCUCAACUUAAUGAAUGGAUUGAAAUCUACAGAAGCAUUUACAAUAGUAAAUUGUUUUUUAACACUUUUGACCAGUGUAUCAUAUUUUUAUCACAUGCACACAAAUGCCAGUCAUUAGCUUUUGCCAUCAAAGGAACUAAAUAUAAUACUAUGAGGAAAAAGACAGUUUUGUUUGCAAGCCCGUUGUUCGUAACAGGUUUCUAUUUGUUUCGAUAUAAACUGCCUUUGAGCUAGUAGAUCCUAGUUAGGUCUACCUCUGACAAUAAAUUAUACAUUGUGGUACGGUUUUGUUGUUCACUUCAUUAGGGUAUUUAGGAAUGUUUCUGUUUCAUAAAGUGAGGUCAUAGGUUCUUUUAUUUAUUAUUUUAUCUGAAAGUUUAUAAAUGUUGAAUGGUCUAAUUUCACAUGUACAUUUUUACAUGGCUUUGCAAUUAUUUUUAUAUACUUUUUAAAGGCUAACAUUUGCAACAGUUUGAAACAAACGUGAUUGCCAAACAUUUGUUUGACUAAAAUGUAGCGUGUCGGAGUUUACAAACAUUUCAGGGACAAUGGAGAACAUAAUCAAACUUUGUGUUGAAACUUUCUUGAUGCUCCAUGAAAUUAGUUGUAUCCCUAUUUGUUGUAACUGACAUUUCAUAUGAAAGCAUGCCCAAACAUGAUUUGCCAUUGGGUUUGUAUUUUUUUUUUCUGUUGUUUCAUAAAAAAAAUGAAUGUACAUCUUGUACAAGUAAACUAUCAAUAAAAUUAUAAAUAUUUGUAAUAAGGUUUAUAAUGUGUUAUGUGUCACUAAAUUUCUUUUUAAAAUGAAGACAGUUCCAUGAAAAAAACCUACACUUUCAGAAAAAAAGUAACUUCUGGAAUAUUUUUAUGCUCAAGUAAAGAAACACUCAAUCCACUUAAAACUAUCUUAAAGCUGAUAUGUAUCAAUUUUAAUCAUUACCACACGCAUGCAUGCAUUUAAUACAUGUGACGUGGGGCUUUGAAAAGCAUUAUUUCUUAUUCCGCAAACUCCUGGAGCAAUGCACCAAUGAUAAAGAUGAUAAAAGGGUGUUUACAACAGGAUCAAUCAGAUUUCCCAAUAGGCACUGGCUGGAUUUAGAUUUGAUUCACAUUUGCACUCUUUAAAUUGCAGGGUGAUCUAAUAAUUUUGGGGUUUGCUUCUUGGUGACAUUCCCCACUUUGUUACUUGUGUUUGUUAUUAUUAAAUCUGUGUGUUAAUACUACAGCUGUUACCAGUGAAUGGCAUGGAUUUAGUAAAGAGCAAAGACAAAAGCAGAAGUAGUCUAGCUGUCACAGCACUAAUUUUGUAUACAAUUUGAAAUGAGCAGGCUUUUGUUUGAUAGUUGCACUUGGGAACUCAAAUCCAGAUGUCUGUACACAGAGUAAUUACAGCAUGCUGCAUAGUGCUCUUAUUGUCUUAAUCACAAGGAGAAAUUAGUCCAAAUGGCGUCCUGUUGAGCAAAGACCCUCUAAGAGGUUGUAUCAUGUUUAAUUUGUACGCCUGCACUCAUACAUCAAGAUAGACUGAUAGAGGCCUCACAUUUAGGCACUGACUUCUAACCGAGGCCUGCUGGUCUGAGCAGAAUAGAGUGGCUUUCUUUUUUGGGCUCUAAUAAUUAGCAGCAUGCUAAAGCCAUCAAUCAAAGCUUAGUGAGCCACAGUUACAUUAUGUGUUCAAGCACACAAAAGUAUUUGGCUUGGCCAUACGUCGCAAAUACAGAAUAAAGCAAAGAGCACAACCGGAUGCUUUAUUUAACGCUAGUGACAUUGUUUACAUAAUUUACAUCAUGAACUGCAUUUCUCGGCUCUGAUGUGCAUUGUCUUUGCUACAAUUCAUUUUAUAAACGUAAAUGAACAUGAAGAUUUUAUUAUACACAACACACUGGCAUCGUAUGCGUAAAGCUUUUAUAAAUACUCAGCUACAUGCACAACUACAUCAUCCAACAACAAGAAACAAGUUGUACCUAUGAAGAUUUAAAAAAGUAGUCCAAUCGGACCGAGAAUUUUUUUGUGAUAUCACCAUUAACUUAAGUAAUUACAAACAGUGCAAUACUGGAAUAAUGUAUAGCUGUUCACUGUUUUAGCUGAGUUCGCUUUUUGCAGCUGUUGAACUGUUACACUUUUUGUGGUAAACUAGGCUGCAUGUUCGUGCAUAUCUCAAUUCAAUUUGCUCUGGAAAUGCGCAGCUAGACACAAAACUCUUUCUCAGAAUUAGUCCCAUGAUGUAAUUUAAGCAUGCAUACCCAUGUGCUCAAACUGUUAGUGAGCAAUUUCCUCUUGCGUUAAGCCACCACGGCGCUAUAGGCUACAGUCUGAUGUGACAGAUUUUUGACUCACACCAAAAAGAAUUUUUCAGAAGACAGAUUUUUGACUCACACCAAUAAGAUUAGAUCUUGCUAGAGCUGCAGUAAGUUGUGACUUACUGGUAGGUGGGUUAAAACCUGAGAAUGAUGUCCCACACUACACUGUAGAAAGCAGUGUACAUUUUAAUAAUUUGAAUAAUUUGCCAGGUCCCUUCGCAAUGCUAACUGUCGUGGAGUCGCUUUCCCCAAACACCAAUUUGUAACAUAUGGAAGAGCUACGUAUCAACACAUGAUGUAUGAUGCAUCGCUAACAAUUACCACUUGUGCUUUAUUCUGUAACACAUACGAUAACAACAUUGUAGUAAUACUUUACAGUGCCUUUACUGCAUUCCCAUCCUUUUUCAUGUCACAGCUAACAGUUCUCCACUUCACUUAAACACUAACAAUAGCUGAUCCAUGCUCAUCUCUGCAUCUUUACCAGCUAGAAC